AUGGCGCACAAAACCAGCAAAUCGGCCGGCUGGAGCUUCAAAUCGCCGAAACCAGAGCUUAACUUGAUUCAAUUCACGUGUCAAGCGGAGCCAUUGGACACACAACUUUUGAAUCAUCUUCGUGAACAGGUUCAAUCAACGGAUGAUCUUAGUGUUCUGUUCAACAUUCUUCCACCACUUGAUCAACUUAUCACGGAAAUUCCAUACACGUUGCCUCUUCUUGAAGCAAUUUAUUUGAAAUGCGAUCUGAAAUCAGUGGAAGAUGAAAUUUCAUUUCCGACAAAACAACUUUGCUGCGAGCUAUUGUUUUGCCAAUUAGUCUGGUGGACAGCAUUUUGUGAACAAAACAACACUGCGAACGCUAAAAAACAUUGCAGCUUGUUCAAAGAAUUCCAACCAUGCCUGGCUACACUGAUGGGAAUCAUUGGGCGCCAAUGUCCAGAUUUAGUGAAGCGGGCACACGAAGAUAAAACACAGUUGAAUGCAUGUUUGGAGAGUCUCGGAUGUCACGGUUUAGUCAACUGUUCAUCGGGGCUUAUAAGAAUGACUGAUGCAGUGCAUUUGGAACUUCUGAAGCACAUUGAGAACUUGAAAAUGAUUUCGAGCCAAAUCAAAGAGAUGCAAGAUCCGAAAUCGGCAGGACCUGAUCCGUCAUUUGAAAGUCACCAACGACAAAUGAGCAUGCGACUUUCUCAAGUUUUCGAACGACUGAAAUUGAACGAAACAUUGCAAUGUGUUUUAGAAGAAACGUUCCAAAAUCAGCAUUUGGGAUCUCUUCUACGAAUUUGUAGAAAACGAGUGUCUUCGGAUAAGCUUUUAAUAGGACUCUUCAACGCGUUUGCAAGAGCAGCUCCUGACGACUUUGCGCUUCAGCAAAUGGAUCCAAUCGUUGCGCAACUAAUUGUUGUCUUCAAUAAUGCUUAUAAUAAGCUUCUGAUGCUUUGUCCAGAGGAAAUUCAGAAAAUAUCUUCCGGUUCUUCAACUACAUCUGGGUCUCAUGCUCCAUCUAUCAGUAAUAAUAAAAGCUCAUCUGGAAGAUCCGACUCUGUAAUUCAUUUCGAUUCAUUGAAGCAAGAAAUUUCAAAACUUCGCAAAGAAUUACGUGUUGCUAAUUACACAAUUGCCCAGCUGCGGGAAAAAUCAGAGGAAAGCUUGAUAAUCAAAGAAAGUGCUCUUCCGAUUCCCGAUUACCCUGAUGCGCCGUCAUAUUAUAACACGCAAGCCAGAGAAAGUAUAUCGCAAUUGGUCGCAAAGUUGAGCGAACUGUUUGUUUUUGCAAGCAAUGACUUGCGGGAUUCUCUCGACACACUUCCCGAGUUAGAAGGAGAAGAUGAUUUACAAUCAGUUUUUGCGCAUGAGAUUCUCGUGACUGUUCAUAGAAUUGUCAGUAAUUACUUAGAAGAUCGUAAACGUGAAAUUUUGAGUGCAAUUGGAUCAGUGAAUAAUAACACAAAGGAUUGUGACGAAAUUCGCACGUUCGAGUCAGCGAUUAACUCACAUUAUUUCAAACAAUUCUUGUCUACAACAAGGGGCCCAAAAAUAAUGGAAGAAAUUACACAAAUGGUUUGGAUUAGUCUAAAGAACUAUCCGGGAAUUGAAGAAUGCAUUACGGUUCACGAAUUCAUCCAAAAAUGCAUUAAAAUAUCCUGGGAAAUUUUAAACUGUCAGGAAAAAAAACUACGUCUUGAAUACGAAGGAACCAAUUUUGAGCCGAGCCGACAUUCACGUGGAGCUUACUCCGGCUCGACCAACGAAAUCGCACAUUUUAUUUGGCCUGCGUUGAUUGACACUGAAACAAACCGUGUUCUUUUGAAGGCUAUCGUUCUCACCUAA